GAAUGCAGGUGCAUCCAUAAGUCGUUGGUCCUUCACCUAUUCUUCUAAUGCUGCCUUAGUGGGAUUCAGACUGAAACAUACGGAAUGUGCGUAAAGAGCCGCUUAUGCUGGACGCAAAAUGCUCUGCCCACAGGGCGCCGUCGCGUUUGCUGCCUGCGUUCCUCUCCAAGGAUGAUAAGGCGCAUGGAUGCACUCGUCCCAGACUUCGUUCCCUUAAUGUGAUAAUACUAACAUCUUUUUCUUCCUACGACCUGAUCUCGUUUGUUCUCGCUUCCCUCCCCUUGUGUGUGUGUGUGUGUGUGUGUGUGUGUGUGUGUGUGUGUGGAUUGUGUUCAUCUUUAACCUGCCAUCACUGUAGCCCCCCGCGUUGCGUUGGCGCUGCGGAAUAGCCAACAAGAACAAGAGCCAGCUCACAGCCUUGGAAACAAGCGAAUCAAUUUAAGGAAGAGAAAAGCAGAGAAAGAUAGCGAGGCUGGAAAAACCGGUGAUCGGGAGAAGGGACGAGGGGAGAGGAAACAUCGACCUUACGCCGCAGCCGCCGAAACAUUAAGGGAGAAGCUUCAGCCUCCACAAAAACAACACUUUCAAGAGCAAACCCUCCCCCAAAUUUGAUUUCUAUUUUAAAAAUUGUAAUGGGAAACAAAAAUAAAGAGUUUCCCCUUAAAUGACAUGUUAAAAAAAGAAAGGCAUUUGACAGUCAAAGAAGCAUGAGCAAAGUAAAAUAAGAAUCUAUUAAUGCUAAAUAGAUUCUUUAAUAUAACAUUAAUCUUUUCCCUCUCCGUUUUUAAAGUGACUGCUUGAAGGAGAAAAAAAGAGAAAUACAAUAUGAACAUCAAGAUAAGCACUUAAAUUCCCCUGUUUGGAGGUGACUUAUCAACAUCAUAGCAAUAGGGGUGGGUCAUGACUCAGUUGCCAUGCGUGUUGUCAUGGUGACCAACCCCUGUACCCCUUCCCCCCUCCUCUGGUUGGUCCAGCUUUUGUUGUGGUUUCACAACCAUGGACCACAGCUGACAGAGGCAGCACCCCCCUGCCCCAACCCCUGUACCUGCUCCAAUCAGGCGAGCCGUGUCAUCUGUACAAGGAAGAGUUUAGAUCAAGUCCCAGACAGUAUUUCAGAGAACACAAGAUACCUCAAUCUACAAGAGAACACAAUUCAGGUGAUCAAGUCUGACACAUUUAAGCACCUGCGGCAUUUGGAAAUCCUCCAGCUCUCAAAGAACCACAUCCGACAAAUUGAGGUUGGAGCUUUCAAUGGCCUUCCCAAUCUCAACACGCUGGAGCUUUUUGACAACCGUCUCACAGUGGUACCGUCACAAGCCUUUGAGUACCUGAGCAAGCUAAGGGAACUAUGGCUACGAAACAACCCCAUUGAGACAUUGCCCGCAUUUGCCUUUCACCGUGUUCCCUCUUUACGCCGUCUGGAUCUAGGGGAACUCAGAAAGCUGGAUUUCAUCUCAGAGGCUGCCUUCGAAGGUCUGGUCAACUUGCGCUUCUUGAAUCUUGGCAUGUGCGGCCUGAAGGACAUCCCUAACCUCACCCCACUAGUACGACUAGAGGAGUUAGAGCUGUCAGGGAACCAGUUGGGUUUAGUGAGGCCUGGAUCCUUCCAGGGUCUUGUGUCUCUUCGCAAGCUGUGGCUAAUGCACUCCAGAGUGUCAGUCAUUGAACGCAAUGCUUUUGAUGACCUCAAAAACUUGGAGGAGCUCAACCUCUCACACAAUUCCCUACAUUCCCUACCCCAUGACCUCUUCACCCCUUUGCACCAGCUGGAGAGGGUACAUCUCAACCACAACCCCUGGGUGUGCAACUGUGAUGUUCUGUGGCUCAGCUGGUGGCUGAAAGAAACUGUUCCCAGCAACACUACAUGCUGCGCUCGAUGCCAUGCGCCUCCAGCUAUAAAAGGCAAAUACAUUGGGGAACUAGAUCAGAGCCACUUCACCUGCUUUGCCCCAGUGAUUGUUGAGCCACCCACUGACCUUAAUGUCACUGAGGGCAUGGUCGCUGAGCUCAAAUGUCGUACUGGAACCUCGAUGACCUCUGUGAAUUGGUUUACUCCAAAUGGCACUCUAAUGACCCACGGAUCAUACCGAGUUAGGAUCUCAGUGCUUCAUGACGGAACACUGAACUUCACAAACGUCACCGUGCAAGACACUGGGCAGUACACUUGCAUGGUAACCAACUCCGCUGGAAACACCACUGCGACCGCUGUGCUCAAUGUGUCCGCUUCAGACCCCAGCAACAGCUACAGCUAUUUCACCACUGUCACUGUGGAAACCGUCGAGACAGUGAGAGGAGAUGAGGAGAACUCAGCAAGACAGUAUAUUAACGAGACCUUCAUAGAUUUCCCUAAUCCUACUGUUCAAAGAGGGGUGUUAGAGGGUCGACCUGGCAUCACUAUUUCACCUUCUCUCUCCUCUCUUUCCUCACUGUCCCCACGAGCCAACAGAGCUACUGAAAAUGCAGUGACUGUGUCCAUAAUGGAUGUAACUAAUAUUCCAGGCUUGGAUGAUGUAAUGAAAACAACUAAGAUAAUCAUUGGUUGCUUUGUGGCCAUUACCUUUAUGGCAGCUGUAAUGUUGGUGGUCUUCUAUAAACUUCGAAAGCAGCACCAGCUACACAAGCAUCAUGGACCUGCCAGAGCCAUUGAAAUUGUCAAUGUGGAAGAUGAGAUCGGAGCUGGGGCCGGGAGUGGCAUCUCAGGUGGUUCAACGAUGAAUUCUGGCAGUGGAGAAGGAACCCUAAGGAUACAUCAUCCAGAAAUAGUCAACCUUCCCAACAUUGGCCGUACAGAUACUCUCAACCAUUACUACAAGAGCCAUCAUUUCAACAACAACGUGAUGGGUCUUAGUAUUGGCUCUGACGGGAUGGGACAAGGAGUGAUCCUUAAUAGCAAGAACCAGCAAGUCCAGGAUAUCCCCAUCUCCUGUACCUCAGUCCCAAUCUCUACAUCUACUUUGCUCACCUCAUCAGGCAAUGGCACCAACAUCAACCCCUGUUCUAUGUCCCCACCGCUGCCGAUGUCUCUCCCCAUGCCUACCAUGGGCUUACAUGGAUCGAUCAAGGGUUUCAUGGGCCAUAACCAGAAUCCUCAAAUGGAGCCUCUUCUCUUCAAGGGGAGCUCGAAGGAAAACGUCCAAGAGACUCAGAUCUAAAGACAAAAGCGAGAGUAUAGGGAGAGAGUGAGCAAGAGUCGGAGACAGAGAGGGGAUUGAUGUUGAGUUUAUGCGCGGAAUGAUUAGACACUAGAGUGCAUUGACAUUACACCAGGAGAGAGGAUAGACUGACACGGCAAUACACAAACACAUAGACUUUUCCAUGUCAGUGUACUGAGCCAAGGAUUACCACAAUGGACCACUUGUGUUUGUAGGAACGAUCAUGGCCAUGGACAUGGAGAUCAAGGAAUGGACAUUACUACAAUGUAAAUCUGUGCCAAAGCAAAUGUUUUUUGCAGUUUCUACAAGCUGUGUUCUCGUAGGGAAAAACUAGCCCUUCAGAGUAAUCAGACCCCAAAUCAUUGUUGGCCAGCAGAGAUGAAAGACAUGCACAGCACUUACAACACAGAAGAUUGGAGAUAUUACAGAAUUAAAUCCAAAAGACAUUUUUCUUCAACACAAAACACAAGCCACACUCUCUCUCAAGUGACUCCCUAGACUUCCUCAAGGUGACAAUUAUGUAGGCAUAAAUAGAUGGACAAAAAGGUACAGUGCAGUACAAACUACUGUGAAAAAUCCACAAAUUAUAUAAAUAUAUUUUCAUUUAUAUAUGUAUCAUUGCGGACUCCAAUACAGAGAUAUUUUGGGGUGGAUGUAUAAGCUGGUAUAGUUUGUUUCUUUGUGAAUAAUCAGGGGCGGCUAUAGUGAAGGUUGGUUAUGAUACAUGUUUUACGUUUGGCUACUUCUCAGAAACAUAAGGGCUCAAUUGCAACACUCAUUGUGAAUCUUUGAAUUGGCUUUGUGACAUGAAGUCCAUUUAGGUUGUAGAACAGUAAAUGCAGAUCAUUGUUUGACGAACUUUUUUCUGUUGCUUCGGUAAUAAUCUUAAAAAACUUUUGUGUUCUGAGAGCGUAUUAUGUAUUUUGUAAAAGCCAGCUACUUGGUAUUUGAAUUGACAAUUCUGAUACUUAAAUGCCAGCAUCAAAUAAUGGUUAAAACAAUGUUCCACAAACACAGAAAGGUGAUCCAUCGCAAAGACCUGUAUGGGUAAAACAAAGUGUUGACAAUGUGUUAUUUGAAUCAGAUCAGUAGGCAGAUAUUUGCUUUUAGACAGGAAUUUGAUAUGACCUCCUUGCUCAUGGUUACCAUAAUCAUGCCAUAAAAUGCUGUCAUAAGGAUGAGUAGACAUCUAUCUGCAGCAGCAUUAAAGAAGGGAUUAAACAUCCAUGUUAGGAUGAUUGGAAUGAAUGAAAAUGUACAGUAUAUUAAUAAUAAUAAUGUCUGGUUGUAUGACAAUUGUAAGAUCCACAUUUUUACAGUGUAACUUUCAUAUGUUAUAUGCCAUUUACGCUUAUUGCGUUUCAACUAUGUAUUUCUUUAUUUUUGUUAGUUUGAUAUAAUGUGUACAGUUGUCUAGCCAUGUAUCAUUACGUGUGAAAUAAAUCAAUCAUAUAUUGGAUCGUGGCCGGUCAAUAUGGCAACCACAUAAGAAAAGAGUGAGACUAUGCAGUGCUAAAACUGGAUUGAAUGUAUGGUUUGUGGUUUAACCAUUAGUUAUCCUGGUAAUGAUAGGUGCCAACUGUUCUAUUAACAUGUUCAGACAGGCCUUUAGGCACCCUCCUAUAUAUGUUCUACAGACACUAGUGGUUUUGAAAAAUUAGUGUUUUUAACAGAAUUAGGUGAUGACUUAUUCUUAAUGAAGGCACUUUUGUCUAUAAGUAGCCUUCAGUAUGCUUCCCCAAUGGUGAUUAUUUUGUUCUACUUUGGAAAUUGGAUGAAGAUUUGAGGAAGCAAGUAUAUUGAAUAGGAAAUUAUCUUUUUUGUAGGAAACUAAAAUGUUUGUUGCAAUUGAGCACAAACUGGACCAGUUAUUCCAGAUAAAUGUACCUGAGAUAGUACUAUCAACAAUAUCAUAACCCGGUUUUCGAAUGUGAUGCAGAUCUGUAUGUUUUCUCAGUUUUUUUCUGUUGCACCCCUCCCUCAGACCUGCAUACACAGGCGCUGUUUUAUGUCCGUGAUGAUGGUUUUUCUUACAACAAGCCCACAGAAGGAAUACCGAGGAAUAGUAAUAAUAGUGGUGAUAAUGUGAGUGAUGAAUUCAGGCAAGACCCACCCAGACUGCAUUGUCACAGAGGUUAAUCCAUGAAAGGAACAUCUUCUGCAUUAAUGCACACCACGUUCAUCCUGUUAAAUGCCAAACAUCUAGGGCACCUUU